CCAGAGCUCCGCUUUAAAAGCAGACCAGCACACAGGAGCACCAUUAUCAAGCAGCAAAGACAGACACGAAGAGCAACUUCAGCUCCAGUCAGACAUCUGAACUCAAUUCCAUCAGCAGGAGCUGCAAGCAGAAGACUACAUUCCUCCUAAAGGACUAACUACUGAACGAGAUGGCCAGUGAUAGUCAGGUUGUGUUGGAUGUGGACACACCCCGGGUGAUGCUCGUACGUGAGAAGGCCACGUCUUCUUCAGGAAUUUGGAGAACGUGUGGCAUUCUGCUCGCUGUGGGUCUCUGUGCUGCUGCUGCUGUCUGCUUUUCUUUCAACAAGACGCAAAAUCAACCAGAUGAAACCCAAGAAAUCAAGCAUGCGCUGAGGCAGAUUUCCGAGACUGCAAAGGCUGCGAUUCAUCUCUCAGGUUCUUACAACUCGGAGUACUCGAACAAAUCUGUCCAGUGGAAAGACAACGCAGACCAAGCUUUCGCCUCAGGCCUAAAACUGGAGGGGAACGAGAUCAAGAUUCUCCAUGACGGCCUCUACUUCGUCUACAGCCAGGCCUCGUACCGUCUCAACUGCAAAGCUGAUGAUAAGGAUGCCGAGGGCCAGGUGAUGCACAUGAGUCACAGAGUGUCUCGUUGGUCUGAUGCCUAUGGCUCAUGGAAGCCACUGCUGAGCUCUACAAGAUCAGCCUGCAGGAAAACACUUGAAGAGAACCCCUCACACUGGUUCGGUGCUAUCUACCUCGGAGCCGCAUUCAACCUGGAGGCCGGAGACCGACUGCGCACCGUCAUGGACACCGAGCUGCUCUCUAAAGUCGAGAACACCGGCGGGAAAACGUUCUUCGGAGCGUUCUCCUUAUCCUAAGAUCUAACAUGUUGCCAUUUUAAAAGUUUGCAAUGGCUCCUAGAGAUGGACCCAAACUGAGGAACUGUUGUUUUAUAUUAAAACACACAUCAGUGUAAUUAAAUGUUAAUGGAACUGCUAAGUAAACUUUAGCAGUUCUCAAUGUUCCGCUAGAGACGGAACAGAUCAAGACGUAAAAACAGUCAGUGAGGACAGUGUUUUAAAACUGACUACAGGGAAAAAUGAAAUUUAGAAAAACAUUCAGAAAAUGAUGUAUGUAUGUAUUUAUUUAUUUAUAUAAAAUUAUUUAUUGACUUAUUUAUUCCAGGGACACAUAUUUAUUUUGUUAUUUAUUUAUAUGGUGUAAU